GCUAUAUUAAAUACUACGAUUUGUUCAGCUCAAGAUUAAAUCGGAGUAUAAUAAUAAUGUUUGAGCACGUUUAACACGUUUGUUUUCUCACCGUGACGAAUCUCACAUUUAUCAAUUUGAGAAAAAUGCGAAACGAAAAUGACUAUUUAUCUCAAUUUUCAAAGAUCCCCAUCUUUCAGUGCAUAUUGUUACAUUACACUACGUUCCUGAGAAGGUCACGUGACCUUGUUGUGUAUUACGUUAACCUUAAAUGAAAUAGGCAAUGCGUAUGACGUUUGAAGUUUGUUAACAAUGUUCAUUUUGGGAGUACACGUUUAUAUAAUUUGUACAGAAAAAGAAAUACCAUUUCUUUAUAAUUAUUAGAUGUAUAAACUUUCAAAAACAUGUCUUUAUUUCCUGCUUAUUCCGUUCAAACGGAUGAAUCUUCAACAUCCAAUAAACAUCCAGAAAAUCUUGCAGGGGACCUUUCGAGCAGUUGGUUACACAAUUGUAGUUUUUUAGAUCAGAUUUCAUCCCAUAAUUUUAUCAAUUGUUCUUCAGAGUCUUCGGAUGAAAUCAAAAGUGAAGUUCCUUGUUUAGAAAAACAACAGACACCGUGCAAUGUUACUUCGCCAAAUAAAGAUAGUCCAGUACAUAAAGAAAGAAAAAAUCAUAAACAUAUAAAAAAGAGGAAAAAAGAAAAAAGAAAAUAUGCUACAACAGGAAAACCAAAUUAUAAACAAGAAGUGGAAAAUGUAUAUUUUGAAGACAAAUACAGGGAUAAGGGAAAUAAUACAGUUAAAACCCUCUGUUCUAGAGUAAGACCCUAUUAUAAUAUUCAGAAGAAUACCCUUGGUUUCGCAUUAUAUAGACAACCAAAAAAAGCUGUUUACGAGAGGUACUAUAUCAAUAAUAUAGAUCUCAUAGAAAAGAAUAAGAGGAAAAAUAGUAUUAUUACAAAGGAAUCUACUACCAAUUCAAUUCAAGAAGUUGACUGUACUUCUCCGUGGAGCAUUAACUUUGAAGAAUUCCAAAAAAAUAAAACUAAAGAAUAUAAUGAGAAACUAACAAGUAAUCCAAAUGAUAUUAAACUGUGGAUUGAAUAUAUUCAAUUUCAGGACACAUUGGAAUAUCUUCAAAAAUAUGAAACAAUAAAAGAUGUUCAUAGAGCAACUGCAUUGAAGAAACUUUCUAUAGUUCAAAAAGCUAUAGAAGAAAAUGUGGAAUCUACACUGUUAUUAAAAUUAAAAUUAUCUUUAAUGGAAGAGCUGUUGCCAGCUGAUGAGUUUUCAAAACAACUUGAAACAUUAGUAAACAAAGACUCGGGAAACAUUGUUUUAUGGCAAGAAUUCAUUAUGGCUACACAAGCUUCUGUAUCAAUGUGUACUGUACCAAAAGUGUUGGAUCUAUAUUCAAAAUGUUUUUCUGUUUUAAAACAGAAAGCUAGAAUAAAUCCUCGAAUGUAUGACGAGCGAUUAUUAAGAAUGUUGUGUUGGUGUUUAACACUUUUGCGACACACUGGACUUUGGGAACAAAUGUGGGAAACAAUACGUUUGAAUCUUAGUUUGAAUCUUAAUUUAAAUAUGGACAACUUAUCUGUCCAAAAAACAAUAGAUGAGAAAAAAUUAAUUGGACUGGAGGAAGUAAUACUAAUGUCGAGAUUACCGCUCAACCAACUGUGGCAGAGAAUAGAAUCGUUAAGAGAAAAUUGUCAUUGGAUUAGCGUCAGCAGAGACGAAUUGGAGUUAACCGGUGAUUCUCGAAGAUUCGUCUUGCCAGAUGAUGUCGCUGAUUUUGUACAUCCUAUACUUUCAGAAAACUUGAAUUUUCAAAUGGCAAUACAUGCGCUUCUUACACUUAAAGUGCCACUUCUACCUACUAGAGACUAUACCUUACAGAUGUUGAACUUAAACGAUUUUAAAUGGGGCAUAGAAACUUCAGAAAUAUUACUUCCUUUUGCUUAUCCUGUAGCAGGCGAAAUGACUGGGGAUAGCCAAAGAAAGGAAUUACUGAUUGGUAUACUUGAAGGGAGAUUAACAUCAGGUCCUCAAUACCUUAUGUUUCAUCCUGCACAAGAAUCAUAUUUGGAUUUUAUACGAGAAACAUUUUCUACAAUCGCCGAAAAUUUCCCACCUAUGCAACGUACAAGCAUGUAUAUUUGGUGGUUAAGAUUUGAAAGAUUGCUCAUUUUUCUUCGUAAAGAUGACUCUUCAAAACAUGAUAACAAGGGAAAGAAGUUGAAGACAAUAUUGAAAGAAUUCCUUAAAAAAGAAGAGAACAGAAACAAUUUACAUUUUUACAAGGAGUAUGCAUUGAUAGAAAAGGAAAUGGGAAGAUUCGAUAGUUGUGUGAAUAUUUUAGAAACAGCAAUUAAGUCUCAAUGCCCAUGUCCUUCGGCAAUAUCCGAUUCCGACGAGAAGAGAGCACUCUUCGGUUUAUACCGAACAUUUAUCGAAAUUUUGCUUGGCACCGAUACAGACAAAGAAACACAUAGGGUUCGAAUAUUGAAUGUUAUUAAACAAAUGAUUAGUGGAACUAGUGAGAAUCAAUUGGAACGCGUAAAAAUAUAUUUAGAAGAUCACGUGAAAAGCUUCUUGCAAGAAAUUCCUGUAGACGAUGAAACGGAUACCUAUUUUUUACCAAAUUUAAAAUGCGACACGAUUGCAUGUUACGCGUAUCUAUUGUAUAUAGAAAACUUCGAUAUCGCUAGAGUAAUGAAUACAUUUACAGACUGUAUAAAUCACUACAAAGACUGCCGUUGUAUACAGGAAAUAUUAUACGAAAGUCAAAUUGCAGUUUUAGAGUUGCAUUACAAACGGACACAAGAAGUAAAUAUCUUAAAAGAUACAUUACAUGAAAUGUUAAAUUUAUAUCCAAACAACUUCUCUGCUCUUUCUCUACUGGCAUGUCUAGAGAGUAAUUUACCAAUCUGGAAAUUUAAUAGCCAGAAAAAGAAACUUCCAUUAUGGAGAGCAAUCGCUAUGUGUUUGGCAAAUCGUAAACGUAUAUAUUCCUUAAGAGAACUUAAAGAUUUCGUCGGUAUGAAUGCAGCAAUAAAUAAAUUAAUGCAUUUUCAUCAGACUCUUGCAAUGGAACCAACCACCAGAUGUUGCCCUUUGCUGUGGAGAUUGUACAUGCUCCUUCUCAGAGAGUAUAAUUUAUGUGAGAAAAAAGGUGAAGAAGUGUAUCAUAAGAGUGUAGAACAAUGUCCUUGGGCCAGGAGCAUAUAUAUCGAUGCAGCUGAAGUUGCACCUCAGUUACUUACACAAAUUCAGGAUGUGAUAAGAGAAAAAGAAUUAAGAAUGCAUGUUACUCCAGAAGAGUUGGAUAUUUUGCGUGGAUAAUUUCAGUUAUUAUUUAAAAUUAUUUAAAUGUGUAUAUAAAUGUUCGAAAUUCUACAUGUAAUAAAGAGCUGCGACAUAGGGAGGAUAUAAGAAUUAUUUGUGACUUUUGUUUACACGAUUCCAUCAUGGAUAUGAAAGCUGUUGUUGUCUCUGGAGAAGCCCCAGAGUCUGAUGAUGAUAGCGCAAAUG